GCCAUGCUCGAACAGGUCGCUGCUCACUGGAGCCUGGUCUUCCUGCCGAAGUCCAUAGAUGUUGCCGCCGCGAACGCGUGCCUCUCCCGUUUCUGCCCCUCCCUCGACAUCUCUGAAACCCCGCCCCCGAGCUUCGCAGAUGUGCAGCGGCGCCCUCUUGGUCUCGAAAACACGGACCGCAAAGUCAUUGCGGGGGUCAUCGCUCGGAAGCUCUCUCGCCAACUCCCGCAGAUCACGAAUGCCUUGCACAGAGGGCCCACCACAUCCAGAAGCUUUGGCGAUAACAUCAUAGAGCUUGAUGCGACGUCGAGAAUCUAUUCCACGCAGAAGAAUGCGUCGGUAGCCAUGCCACCUUUGCCCAGCUUCGAUGUUCAGCAGGCCAUCCCGGGUGCGGCCCUUGAGUGGGUCCACCUGGUUCUCCGUCACAUGCAGCUUCCCUCGUCAAUGCGUUGGUUCUUCUCGGAGCUUCACCGCUGUGCGCAGUGCUUCUCGGCGACGAUGACAGAGCCCCCGCUGCUGUAUUCUGUCCAGAGCGGCAUCGUCCAAGGAUGCCCUGGAUCGGGCUUCUGGUUUGCGCUCUGCGCGGGCCCGUUCAUGCAAGACUUCGACCGCAGCGUGGACCUCAGGAGCGCUGGCGCCAUUCGGGCGUGCGCCGGUGACAUUGGAGCAGCGAUCAUAUGCAUCGAGGUGCUCAAGAUUUUGUCUCGGAUCUUCGCAGCGGCGUCGAGAGUCGCCGCCCUCGUGCUGAAGACCAGCAAAUGCAAGCUC